AUGGAUCUGCCGGUGAACCUCACCUACUUCAUCCUCUCCACCCCCGCCCCCCUGGAGACCAACCGCAGCUUCGACGCAGAAGACCCGCGCCCCAGCCUGCCCCUCCUCUCCGUCUUCGGCGUGCUUGUUCUCACCCUGCUGGGCUUCCUGGUGGCAGCGACGUUCGCCUGGAACCUGCUGGUGCUGGCGACCAUCCUCCGCGUGCGCACGUUCCAUCGUGUUCCACACAACCUGGUGGCAUCCAUGGCCAUCUCGGACGUGCUGGUGGCUGCUCUGGUCAUGCCGCUGAGCCUGGUGCACGAGCUGUCCGGGCGCCGCUGGCAGCUGGGCCGGCGGCUGUGCCAGCUUUGGAUCGCAUGCGACGUGCUCUGCUGCACGGCCAGCAUCUGGAAUGUGACGGCCAUCGCGCUGGACCGCUACUGGUCCAUCACCCGUCACCUGGAAUACACGCUGCGCGCCCGCAAGCGCAUCUCCAACGUAAUGAUCACGCUCACCUGGGCGCUCUCCGCUGUCAUCUCCCUGGCCCCGCUGCUCUUCGGCUGGGGGGAGACCUACUCUGAGGGCAGCGAGGAGUGCCAGGUGAGCCGCGAGCCCUCCUACACCGUGUUCUCCACCGUGGGCGCCUUCUACCUGCCGCUCUGCGUGGUGCUCUUCGUGUACUGGAAGAUCUACAAGGCGGCCAAGGUCCGCGUGGGCCCCCGGAAGGCCAAGAGCGUCUCCCCCGUAUCCGAAGCUGUGGAGGUGAAGACCUCCGCUCGGCAACCCGAGAUGGUGUUCACCGUCCGCCACGCCACCGUCACCUUCCAGACAGAAGGGGACACAUGGCGAGAACAGAAGGAGCAGAGAGCCGCCCUAAUGGUGGGUAUCCUCAUUGGGGUGUUUGUGCUCUGCUGGAUCCCCUUCUUCACCACGGAGCUCAUCAGCCCCCUGUGCUCCUGUGACAUCCCCGCCACCUGGAAGAGUGUCUUCCUGUGGCUCGGCUACUCUAACUCUUUCUUCAACCCCCUGAUCUACACGGCCUUCAACAAGAACUACAACAGCGCCUUCAAGAACUUCUUCUCCAGGCACCAGUGA